CCGGUCUGAUUGUAGGAGUGGUGGCCACGAUAUGUAUGGUGUACAGGAGAGGACAGAAGCCUCGUACAGAAACAGACAACGAUCUGACUGACCUCCCCCCUGCUCAUAAGCCGGCCCCUCCGCCACCCAAGAAAAAGAGCAGCGACAUGAAAGGCGGCCUGACGUCUGACGAGAUCCAGGUUGUUCAUCUGGACAAGGAGGAUGAGAUACAGAAGAUUCCUCUCCAACCUCCAUACUAUGACAUGGCACAGUCUGAGUCCACCGCGUUCACCGAUAAGCCGAACUCUGGGAACGAAGAGCUACCGAACCCAGCUGAAUAUGUGAGCUGCCAUCAUCCGGGCAAACAGGAACAAUUUAUUGAACCUCCACCUCCUUCUGCCUACCCCCCUGUUACCUUCCUGCCCCAGAAUCCUUACACCCACCGCCCUACCAAUACCCCCAUGUACACCUUCCAGCCCAACGCAGCCCCUCCCGCCCCCCGACCCCCGUUUAACUACCCCAAAGAGCAGUCCGUCUAGACCCACAGCCAUCCGAGCUGGAAGACGCCCCAUCGCCCUAUACAGGAUAGCCAUUAAGCGUCACACCUGGAGAGAGCAACACUUCCUUCCUCAUUACUGUUGUCCUGCGCUGGCCACAUCAGGAUGCGGGCGGUCUCUCGGAACAAUGAAUAAAAGUGUCAGUAGUUUGUGGACCUGAAACCGUGUGUGUUGUGCACUGCAUGUUUCACUAUGAGGCUGUGGUUAGGACCCCUAGUCUUGUGCUGUAAAUAUAGAAACACCUCACCACAACUCUACACCCUCCCUCCCCUCACAACAGCACACCUCACUUCUCCUGAACACAGGGUAUCAGCCUUCUCUCUGCCUAAACCUCUCUUAGAUCUUUCCCUCCUUUAUUUUAAUUCUGCCAAGUGUCUGACCAUUGACAGUGUUUCAAGAAAUUGUCACCCAAAAGGGAACAUUUGGUCAUUAUUUAUGCACUCUCAUGUGAUUUCAAAGCGUAUGCUGAUAUUUUUUUUCUAGAGCAUAGAAGAUGAUUUUUUUUGAAUAACCUUCUAUCAGCUCUUUUCGGAGAAAUGGUUCAAGUUAAUUAUGUCAGGUUCCAAAAAGGACACUUUAAAGAAUAAAGUUUCUUUAUUGGCCUCAGUUGUUAGAUGGUGAAAAUUUAACAUCUAUGGAAACUUUCCAUUCCACAAAAGCUUCUUUUUAGUGAAAAAGAUUUCCAAUUGCAUGAGGUCGAGUAGGUAAUGACAGAACUGUUUCUUUGUCAUUGUAUCACCUUUUUGCUUUCUUUCUUUCUUUCUUUUUCUCUUUCAGUGAGUUUUGUUUUAUCGAUUGUUACACAUUUGCGUGUUACUAUUUUAUUCUUCAGAUUAUAUUUGCUUGCUUCUUGUUGUACAUGCUUGAGUUGAGUGACUGUUAAAAUGUAACAUUUUAUUUAUUUAAUGACAUUUUGUCAAAAUUAUGACAUGGCACAACAUCCCUACAGUGACUCUGCUGAAACAGCAUUAUAUGGGUAAAUUGGACGUGCCCGUUUUUCCAAAUAUAUCCAAAUAGAUAUCCAAAUAGUACCAAAUAUCAAUAAAAUAUUUAGUCAUUAUAAUCUAAAAUGUGAAUGUUCCCUCUGCUCUACAUGAAAAAAAUUAAAGGGCUCUAUUUCACUUCCUCUCAUAAGAUAUCAUCCGACACAAUGUCACAAAUGAAACACUUCAUUUUUGAUGGCAUAAACACUUUCAUCUUGUUUUGCUUGUAGUUACCAAAGAAAUAGAGCAUUUCAUAUUUUCUUCAACACAAAUGUUUACAUUUGGUAUUAUCAAAGAUUUAGAGAGAUGAACGGAUUCUUUUCAUCAAUAAACUCAUCCACGUUUCAAGCGAUCCAGAUAAUCGUAACUCUCAUGUAUCAGUUUAUUUCUUUGAAAUCUUGUUGUUAAAAGAUAACGUGUUUUAUUUCCGUUGCUGCUGUAUUCAUAAGUGUAGGUUUUCCUUGAAAAUGCAUGCGUUUCCAUACAGUUUUAUUUUCAUCAUCUCUUUUUGUUAAACCUACUAUUAAUGUCCUAUUUUGUUUCACUGGUUAACCUACACAAAACCUUUUCAGGGGCAAUCCACAACUUUCUUCCUCAUUAAGCUAUUUUUAAAAGAAAAACAUAUGUUGAUGUAUUUUUUUAGAGAACGAUCCUCAAUAUGCUCUUACUGUCUAGAACAUAUUCAGCAUCAUAUUCAGUCCUGAUCCCUUACGAAGAGCCAACACAAAUCACCACUGCCCUCUUUACAACCUCAACCAGACCUCUUUAAAGAAUGAGAUCGUCUGACAAGAAUGACGCUCAUGUUGUUAAGCCAUGUCAAAUGUACAUGCUGGAAAAGAAAAAUUAAAAAAAAAAUGUGCUCAAUGUUUGUGCUCAAUGUGAAAGUUACACGUGAUAAAAGAGAAACCCUUAGAGUUGUUCAGGAUUGGUUUUAAAAAUGUAUUUUUGCAGUGGUUUAUGGGAUAGGUUACAAUAUGUGAAGCUACCUACUGUGCACACCUUUCUGUCUGGCAUUGAUUUUUAUGUGUGUACUAGCGUAGCGUUAGAAUCAUCUGUGGUUCCUGGGUCACAUUGCUGGAAAGAAAUAUCUGUCCCCAUGUCACAUGUUUUGGAUUAUUGCUUCCACAUGUAUUAUUAUUAUUAUUUUCUUCAACACUGAAGAUCAUUUGCCACUAGUUCUUUUUUUUUUUUUUUCCUACUGCCUCGUAUAAUUUGAAAUUGUAAAUUGUUUUUCUUUUCUUCUGAAAUUGUGAUAUUAUUUUAUUUAAUUUCUAUGUUUGCAAUCCUGCCGAGUUUGUUUUUUACACGUGAGCUGUAGGUUUUUGUUAAUAUUUUCUAACACAUACAAUGUAUAUAUUAUAUCUUCAUGUUUGUAAAGGAAAAUCAUCGUCCGAGUCAUUGUGAACACAUGAACUCAAUCAUUGUAUGUGUCACUGCUAGUUAUUCUUCCAUAUGUGAAGUAUUAUGACUUUUUUGUCUUUUUUUUACAUGGGGAUUAUGUUUGGUGUAAAAAUUAACUUUAUGUACCAGAUGUGUGAAA